AUGUCACUCGAGCCCAAAUCCUACAAAGUCCUCUCUUUCGACAUCUACGGGACUUUAAUAGACUGGGAAACUGGUCUCUACACCUCGCUUCUUCCCCUCCUCGAGAAGCUCUCCACCUCAUCACCACACCAUCCCUCCAAACACACGGCUCAAGAAAUCCGACGGUACAUCCUAAGCCGCUAUACAUACCUAGAACUCUCCGUCCAAGCCGCGGAACCCAGUCUACCAUACUCCAAAGUCCUCUCCAAAGUCUGGUUAAAACUAGCCGAGGAAUUAGAAAUCGAGACUUCAGACUCCGAAGCCGAGAAGUUUGGCGCUACUAUAGGGACAUGGCCCGCAUUCCCAGAUACCGUCGAAGCGAUAAAAGAACUAGGAAAACACUACAAACUAAUCGUUCUUUCUAACGUCGAUAAAGCCUCUUUCGCACGUACUAACUCCGGACCGCUUCAAGGUGUGAAAUUCGACGCCAUUUACACCGCUGAGGACAUCGGUUCUUAUAAACCCGAUCCGCGGAAUUUUCAAUACUUGUUCGAUCACGCAUUCGAAGAGUUUGGUGCGAAGAAAGAGGAGAUUCUUAUGGUUGCGCAGAGUUUGUUACAUGAUCAUCGGCCGGUGAAGAAGAUGGGGAUGCGACCAAGUGUGUGGAUUGAGAGGAGACCUGGGGAUGAUGUUGCGCAGAUGGGAGGCACCAGAGCCGAGGCAGGAGACGAUGUGAAUUUGGCGGCCACUUAUAAAAGUUUGGGAGAAUUUGCUGGUGUAAUUAAGGAAGCUUUUGAGAGUUGA